AUGAGCUCCUUGAGAAAGACUGAUUAUUUGAGAAAAGCCUCACCAACAACGUCGUUACCAUCGAAAAGCGGCAUCGGAAAGAGAAUAAAAUUGAGUGAUGAACAAAAACAAGAAAUUAAAGAGGCCUUUGAAUUAUUUGAUACGGAUAAAGAUGGAUAUUUGGAUGCACAUGAAUUUAAAGUUGCAAUGAGAGCUCUCGGUUUCGACAUUAAAAAAGAAGAAGUGCUGAGGUUGAUGAGAGAGAAUCUUGAUGAGAGACCUCUUGACGAUUCACAUCCCAUGAUGAUCAGCUCCGAUUCAUUUCUGCAGGUGAUGACGGACAAGAUUUUAGAACGAGAUCCGUUAGAUGAAAUUAAGAAAGCUUUUAAACUCUUUGAUGAAGAUGGAAAUGGUAAAAUAAGUUUAAAAAAUUUAAAGAAAAUUGCAAGAGAAAUUGGAGAAAGUAUGAGUGAGGAAGAGCUGCAAGCAAUGAUCGACGAGUUUGAUCUUGAUAGAGAUGGAGAAAUUAAUGAAAAUGAAUUCAUUGCCAUCAUGAGCAAUAAUGAUGAUUUGUAA